UAAUUCAAACAUAACCAAAAAAACCAUUGAAGUCAAUCAAAGCCGAAUGUUUUUAUUCCUAUGUCGAAUAUUGGUGCUUCGACCGCAAGCCAAUCAAAUGAACUCCCUGGAUCUCCGGAUUUAUCCAAAGGAGACCUCAGGAUCAACAUCCCCGAAGAAACCAAACCUGUCAAAUCAAAACAAAUCGAUAUUUUGCAAGCAGACCGAUACACCCCGGGGCGAAAUGACGUCUAUGUUUCCGAUCAGCCGCCUCCCCCAUACCAUACGAGAGAAGCACCUCCGGCAUACGAAAGUUCAUCCUCGUCCUCAUCAUCUCGCAAUCGUCGAGUAAUCGUCAUGAGUGACGAUUUCGAGGAUCCUAUUCAUCCGGGCAACAGUUGGAUGUUCGAGGAGCCGAAUCUACGAUUUAAGUUCGUAAGAAAAGUGAUGGCGAUCGUGGCGGUCCAGUUCGCCAUCGUUUGCUCCAUCGUCGCCUUCGCCAUGUUCCACGAACCCACCAAGAGGUUCAUGUUGCGUACCUGGUGGCUCUCCCUGGUCUUCUUAAUUGUCUUCAUCGUCACAUUGUUCAUUUUGUCAUGUUUUCCAUCGACAAGGAGAAAAGUUCCUGGAAACUAUAUCCUACUGCUAAUAUAUACCUUGAGUUUGGGUUACAUAUGUGCUGCCGGCAGCAUUAUGUACUCUACCAACGCCAUUUUAAUUGCCAUGGGAGCCACUUUCGGAAUCUGCCUCUUGGUGGUGCUGCUGGCGUUCCAGUCCUGGCUGGACAUCACCAAGUUGACCCCCAUCAUGAUUAUCAUCGUUCUGAUUUUCAUGUUGUUCGGUUUCAUAUUUGGAAUUUUGUAUGCGGUUACCGGAAAUGUGAUUUACGACCUCAUAUGGGCCGGACUGGCGGUCAUCUUCUUCACGGUGAUGUUACUGUACGACUUGCAAAUGAUCUUAGGAGGGAAGAAGUACGAGAUUUCACCGGAGGAGUACAUUUUUGGCGCACUAACGGUGUUUACUGAUAUCAUGUUCAUUUUUAUGAAUUUACUUACUUUGAUAGGUCGAACUCAGUAAGUGUAUUUGUAGAAUUGCUUAAUAAAUAUACUUUUGUUAGAUCUUCUCUUCCUCAAACCUCUGCUGCACCUGUCACAGCUUACGAUCCUUUCAAGUUAUUCAAUUAAUAUAGACCUUCGCAACCUUCCGAACACAUAUAUAUAGAGUCGAAUGCCGCACUGCAGCAAUAUAUCUAAACAACGAGCGAUAUACCUGCCUUUUCCCAGAACAUCUGGAAAUAAAGUUACGUCAAAUUUAUCCCCGGAGACCCGGUUAUAAAUAAAAUAAGCAGUGGGAAAUCAUCUGGGGACGUGAAAAGUUCCCGAUUUCCCUUGGCCGGGAUGAAGGGACGUUAUAAACAGGGACCGGGAUUUUCGAAACCGGAAUCGACUUUAAAUUUCAAAAAUAUUAAUUAGCUGAGCAGGGGCGUGGUCUCAGCUGCCUGGAAAAAUGAAAGCAUAGGGAUAAAAUUUGCGCUAUAUACAGUUUCCUCCGCAUAAACUUUUAAAUUCGAGUCCGUCAUCUUAUUUAAUUAACUUUGUACGUCGCCAUACGACUUAUUUCUGUACAUCCGCCCGAUCCAUUUACUCGCAAAAUUAAUUUUCCCUGGAAAAUAGAUUUUCUUGAGCCGCGGCGCCCCCGUAAGCCGAUUAUCUAUUCCGGGCCGGGCAUUUUUCCCUGACCCCCUCAUACAAAACACGGGACCGGGCUUAUAAAUCACAACUCGCCUUAUAAUUGGAUUAGAGCCACUAUAUUUCGCAAAAUUCUAAUCUGGAUGUGGAAAUAUGAAGUCCGGAAUGGCCUCCCAUCAUCUCCAGAUUACCUUAUUAGGGUGUCACAUUGGAUUACGUACUGAACACAUACGACUGACACGUCAUAACAUGCCAUUCUGGCUUCAAACAGUUUAUUGGCGUCCACAUUAUGUCCGACAGUCCCAAAAAUUCCAAUGCAACCACCAACUUGUUAGCGAAUCAAGAAGAUGAACCCCACGAGGGUCCUUCGGCCGCCAGAAGUCAGCCUAACACGAUAGCUGUGGCGCGCAAGCAGUUUAACGAUGUAAUCCAAUUUCAAGAACCCAGCACCUCUAAGAGCUACUCCUUUAAAACGGAGAUCCGAAUUAAUAUCGUUGAGGAGCCUAGUCAACACUCUUUUAAUGAUGAAGACUCCACAUUGACCCUCUUCCGUGGGGAGACCUCCGAAGCUAAGAGAGAAGCUUUAUCAGAAGAAGAAAGCUUCAUGACCACCGAUACCUGCUUGAAAGAAAAAGGCACUGCCACUGUGGAAACUGUCUUGUUCAGUAGAAAUGAACGCACCCAACGAGCUGUAUUAAGGGGCCAAAGCGAAGCUCCACCGCCCUACACAAGCCUCCCUCCUCCGCCAUACAUGUUUCAUGAACCUCCCGCGCAGUCCCCUUACUACUCCCAUCCCACAAACACUCAAUACAAUCAAGAUCUGAUGGUCUACAAUGGAGUGUACCCAGAAAACGAAUGGAUGAUUAUCUCUGAAUAUCUCAGACGCUCCUUCACAAGAAAAGUGUUAUUCACGGUCGGCUUACAGCUCUCCAUGUCAACAGCCAUGGUGGCUUGCUCAAUGUUUCAUCCGACAAUGAAAUUCUUCGUUAACGAACAUAUUUGGAUGAGUGUGGUCUGUAUGGUGGGGUUUACAAGCACUCUACUUCUCCUCGGAUGUGUUCCGCCUUGCAGAAAGGUGUUUCCUUGGAACUAUUUCCUUCUACUAAUCCACACCUUUUCGCUAUCUUAUGCACUAGCUAUGGUAGCCGCAAGUUACCCUACAAACGCUGUACUUAUCGCCACCGCUGGAUUAUCUGGCAUAUCCUUCCUAAUGGCCUUGGCGGCUUUCCAGACGUUAUGCGAGGUGAUCAGCCCCUCGGUGAUCUCCUGUUUAGGGAUGAUUAUAUUGUUCGGGUUUGGAUUUGCCCUUUUGGUGAUGCAGGCGCUCAACAGAGUCAUCAUGUUUGAUCUGAUUUGGUCUGGACUGACUGUUCUGGUGUUGAGUGUUUUUCUGCUGCUGGAUCUACAGAUGCUGUUGAGAGGGAAACGACAUGAAUUUGCCCCGGACGAUUAUAUUUGUGCUACGGCGGUGAUUUUUACUGAUGUGCUAUUGAUUUUUGUGUAUUUUGGAGAGAUGAUUUGCAAGAGUAGGAGGAGGAGGAGCUAAAGAAUCAGAGGAUUGUGUGUGUGUGCGUGUGGCUUUAAUGAUUAAAAAACGUUUGAAUACUA